AUGGAAUCGCCGCUCCCCAGGCGGCCCGCCCAGCCAGACCUCCUUGCCAAGGCCAGGACCGUGUGCCUUCGACCGCUCAGGUCCCUCCUGCGCCGCCGCGGCUCCCGACGCUCCGCGACAGACUCGAUAAAUUUCGGCGGGAGGGGUGGUGGGUCGGGCGGGGGAGAGCAACGCGGAGGCGGGGGCGGAGGGAGCGGCGAUGAUGGCGACGAUGGCGUGCCACAGGAGAAAAUUAUGUGGAAGGGCUGGUACAACAGGGCCCAGGGAGAUGCCUGGUUCUCCACCAAGGUGAGCAUUGAGCAGAUGAUCGGCCUCAGCGCCGCAGUGCUGGGCGACAUGGCCGCCCGGGACAACUGGGGGCUAAACGAGCUCGACUUCGUCUUCUCCACGCUGGUGGUUGGCAGCAUCCUGAAUUUCUCCCUGAUGUACCUGCUGGCCUCGAUCCCAGCAACGGGGAGCGGGGUGCCCAAGUUGAAUAUGUUGCAGAAGCUGUUCAGCGAUCAGAUACUGAAGAGCUGGGGCGCUCCUGGGGCCCACAUCUUCGAGAAGGGCUACUCGCUCCCACUGAGGGCCACGCACAUGGUCUACAAGGGCGUCCUGUUCGCCCUGGUGGGGUUCUGCGCCGGUGUGGUUGGCACAACGGUCUCCAACUGGCUGCUGCUCACGAGGCAGCGGCUCGACCCACAGUUUGAGCUGCAGAACAGGCCCCUGGACGUGCUGCACAACUCCCUCACGUGGGCCUGCCACAUGGGGGCGUCCGCCAACGUGCGGUACCAAGUGCUGUUCGGCCUGGACAUGGUGCUGUGCCCUGCGAUGCCCGCACAAGCCUUCCUGACCUAUUCCGCUGUCGUCCGCACAUUGAACAACAUCCUGGGCGGGGCGUCCUUUGUUUUCUUUGCCAAGCUGUUUGGGGUUCAAGAGACAGGCCAGGAGGUAGUGUCGCAGAAGAGCUGA